ACGCACCCACACCUGAGUUGCUGGAGCAACCGGUGCUGCUUGCGGUUGUAGCUGAGGAAUUAAACACUUUAACGCGGCGAAAGAUGGACUAAACUUACUUUGUGUGUGUUUUUCUAGUGUGCUGCGCACUUUGACAAGGUGAACUAACUGUAGUUAGUAGAAAAGGGGCUGCAUGUAGUGUUAUUUUGUUGGCUAACAAUCGGUAAAAAUGGAUACUGACUAAUCCACAGAACGAGACAACUACUGUUAAAAGUGUGUCGUAAAUGCCUCGUCGCACUUAAGGCGUGUUUCGACGACAAUCAUCUUGAAGCUGCUUUCUAAUUUGCUGGGAAAUAUUAAAACACUCGUUGUUAUUUUAAUUUCAAAUAGGUAGUUAUAGAGUUAAGAUGUCGGCCAUCAGCAGUCUUGUGCCUGCACGGUUCCUGACCAUCAUUGCCCACCUUGUUAUUGUCAUCACCAUCUUUUGGACGAGGGAAUAUAACGUGAAGGCCUGCCUGCCUUUGGAGUACACACAAGAGCAAUACAACAGUGAAGACUUAAAGUUGGUGGUGGCGCUGUCAGUCACACUUGUGCUGUUUGCGAUCGAGCUAGCUGGGUUCUUCUCAGGAGUGUCGAUGUUCAACGGCAGCCAAGGCUUACUGUCAACAGGAGCCCAUGCCAGUGGCUCGGUGGCUCUGCUUUACUUUCUAUUUGAACAGUGGGAUUGCGACAUCUACUGGUGGAUUGUUGCCUUCUGCAGGUUAGUUUUCCGUAGUUUUCCAAAACUUUUUUUUUCCCUGACAUUAGCGUCACCCAGCACUGACAGUCCACUGCAGCGCAUCCGUCUCCUUGUCUUUUUUUGUGUUUGAGAAGUGGGAGUGCUGGACAUAUUGGAUUAUUUUUGCCCCCUGCAGUGUGUUGCCUGCCUUAAUGGAGAUUGUUCUGUUCAUUGCUGUUUUUGGACUGGCGAAGAAGCCAUUAUGAAAGGCUGCCCAAGUGUGAAAUCCCAAAAUCUAAUGUGGAUGUGUGACCACAUGGAUGAAUAUAAUGUAGAAAAGGCAUUUGUUGUAUUAGGUUUAUCGUGUUCACAUGUAGGCAACUUGGUAGCCUAGUGGUUACCACGUCUGCCUCAUAGUCGAUACAUUCUGGGUUUGAAUUUCAUUUUGGGCCCCUCUGUGUGGAGUUUGGCUGUUCUCCUUGUGCUCGUGUGUACUCUGACUUCCUCCCACACUCCCAAAAACAUGCAUUUUAGGUUCACUGAAGAUUCAAAAUUGUCCUUAGGUGUAAAUGUGUGUGUGAAUGGUUGUCUAAAGGUCCCCUGCGAUUGGCUGGUGGCUUGUCCACGGUGUACCCAUCUGCCUCCCAAAAUCAACUGGUAAAAGCUCCAUCUCACUUGCAACACAAAUGAGGGUGAGUGUUAUAGAAAAUGGAUGGAUGGAUGUUCACAUGUAUUGCUUUUGUAUUGUCUGGUAGAAGUCUAUUACUGCAGCUGUGAAUGUAUCAGACGUAAAAUCCAUCCAUCCAUUUUCAGAGCCGCUUCACCUCACUAGGGUCGCGGGCGUGCUGGAGCCUAUCCCAGCCAUCAUCGGGCAGGAGGCCGGUUACACCCUGAACUGGUUGCCAGCCAAUCGCAGGGCACAUUCACACCUACGGGCAAUUCAGAGUUGUCAAUUAACCUACCAUGCAUGUUUUUGGGAUGUGGGAGGCAAUGUGCCCGGAGAAAACCCACGCAGGCACGGGGAGAACAUGCAAACUCCACACAGGCGGGGACGGGCAUUGAACCGCGGUCCUCAGAACUGUGACACAGACACUCUAACCAGUUAUCCACCGUGCCACCCAGAUGU